AUGUCCAACGCUUACAAUAAUCAGAGUGGUUUAAAUCCAACCAUUCCACAUACAAAAGCUGAAAUGGAUAAUCAUGCAAAUCAAUGUAAUCCGAAUAAUAUACGGAAAGUAUUCUUAUAUGGAGGACAUCAAGAGCAUAAACUGGCGCAACAACUGAAUGCUGAAGCUAAUGCUUGUGAAACUGAUGCUAUUGCUGCUAGUGCUUAUGCAGCACAAAUGGAAGCGGGUAAAUACAAUCAUUUUGCAUUUUUAGUUGCGAUGCAAGCUAGAACGGCUGCUCAAGCCGCAAGUCAACAAGCUGGAAUGUAUGCUGCUGAACAAUCGGUUCCAUUAGCUGUACGGGCUCCCGCACCUGCUGGUGGAAGAGAAGGUCAGCAACGUCAAGAACAACAGCAAACCGGUGGACAUACUACAUCAUCUCAAUCGGGUGGUUUACCCCAACGCGGUGGAACCGAUAAACGAUAA